AUGGCGAAUACAGCGCAUUUGAUGAGACGCCAGAGCUCCCGGGAUCUGUAUGCCCAGCGUUCGCUAGAUCGGAUGGAAAUGAAGGAAUUGAGGGGACGUUUGGUGACGCUAGAGAACGGGCAUCAAAUACAUCGCGCCCACGUCAUGUACGGCGCCACAAACCAGGCAUUUGAGGACACCAGCCCGAACCGACGGUCUUCCGAAACUCCGACAAGCAAAGCCAGUUCGGAAACCGAAAGAGCUGGCAUGAAACCUGAAGGGGUUGAGAGGGAAUCUUGGGACAGCAAGCUCACUUUCCUCUUAGCGACGGUUGGAUACGCUGUCGGUUUGGGAAACGUAUGGAGGUUCCCAUAUUUAGCUCAAAAGAAUGGCGGUGGAGCUUUCUUGAUUCCGUAUUUUGUGAUGCUGGCGAUUGAAGGCAUUCCGAUCUUUUAUCUGGAACUCGCGAUCGGCCAGCGUUUACGGAAGGGUGCUAUCGGGGUUUGGCACCAGGUCUCGCCGUAUUUGGGCGGAAUAGGGAUAAGUUCCGCCGUUGUUUCCUUUAACGUGGCGUUGUACUAUAACUCUAUAAUCGCGUGGUGUCUAUUCUACUUCGUGCAGAGCUUCCAAGCGGAGCUGCCGUGGUCGGAGUGCCCGAAGAAGUACUUCAGCAAUGGAUCGUACACUACUGAACCUGAAUGUGCUGUAAGCAGCCCAACACAGUACUUCUGGUACCGGACUACACUUCAAAUAUCCGAAGACAUCAACUACCCUGAGACCUUCAACUACAAGAUAGCUAUUGCACUCGUCGUCGCCUGGAUUCUCGUCUACAUGUGCAUGAUUAAAGGCAUAGCGUCCUCCGGCAAAGUCGUCUACGUAACCGCCACGUUCCCUUACAUUGUACUGGUGAUAUUUUUCUUCAGAGGGAUAACCUUGAAAGGAAUGGGUGACGGACUGAUCCAUCUGUUCACCCCGAAGUGGCAUAAGAUCUUAGACCCUGUUGUUUGGCUAGAAGCUGGCACUCAGAUCUUCUUUUCCUUAGGCCUCGCCUUCGGAGGACUCAUAGCAUUCAGUUCAUACAACCCCGUCGACAAUAACUGUUACAGGGAUGCAAUUAUGGUCUCCAUGACAAACUGUCUGACAUCGAUGUUCGCUGGUAUAGUUGUGUUCUCGAUUAUUGGUUUUAAAGCCACUAUGGUUUAUGAGAAGUGCCUUGAUUUGAGGAAUGCGACACUCUUAGAGGUUUUUGGUUCCGGAUACAGAUCCAUGGUGUUCCCAGAGGCGGGGCAAAAUAUGACGGUGGAUUUCAAUGGAAACUUUACUACGGUGGUGAUGCCGACUUUGCCGGAAUGUGAUUUGCAGAAGGAACUAGAUAAUACUGCAUCAGGAACCGGCUUAGCGUUCAUAAUAUUCACCGAAGCCAUCAACCAGUUCCCCGGCGCGCAGUUCUGGUCCGUCCUAUUCUUCCUCAUGCUGUUCACGCUUGGCAUCGACUCACAAUUCGGAACCCUGGAGGGCGUGGUCACAUCCAUCGUGGAUAUGAAGCUGUUCCCAAACCUUCGCAAGGAGUACCUCACUGGGGGAUUAUGCCUGAUGUGCUGUCUAUUAUCCAUGGGAUUCGCCCACGGCGCUGGGAGCUAUAUUUUCCUGCUCUUCGACAUGUACAGUGGAAACUUUCCGUUGCUGAUCAUAGCUUUCUUCGAGUGCAUUGGCAUCGCUUACGUCUAUGGUGUGAAGAGAUUUGCCGACGACAUAGAACUCAUGACCGGUCAGCGACCCGGCAUUUACUGGUUGAUCUGCUGGAAGUACCUCUCACCAUUGGCCAUGCUGUCGAUCCUGGUGUCUUCGUUCGUGGAGCUGGCUACGGAAGGUUCCAGCUAUGAGGCCUGGAUCAGCUCAGAAGGUGAUACAAUCAAGAAGCCCUGGCCGGUAUGGGCGGUACUAUUAGUGCUUCUGUUGGUACUAGCUUCAGUGCUGUGGAUUCCUGGAUUAGCAAUUUGCAGAUACUUCGGUGUACCCAUUAUUGAUGACGAGGAACGUGCUUGGUUCCCCGCGGACGACCUUCGUGACUUCCACGGGAUCGAGCCUAGGCCCGUCUCCAGGAUUGAAACCUUGCUGUUCUGCACCAGACCUGAUGGAUCCGAGGGUUGCUGCUGGCCUGGCUGCUGUGAGACUGACGAUGAAGAGUAG